GCGAGGGCGACCCAGAUUCGGCUAGAAAAAGCCCAGCUUUCACGAGAAUGUUUGAGACAAGGUUGCGCGGCGCCCGGGCGUUCCGCGCACCCGGCAGCUCCUGGCAAUUAUGAGGCAAGGGCUUCCUGAAGCAGAUGUGCAGCAGAACUCUCCACUGCCUUCUGGUAGGCCACUGAGUGCUGAAGGGGCCACAGCGACGGAGGAAGAUCAUCAUUAGUGGAAGUAUAUGUGUUUGAAAACAGUCUUAGCCAGCUUCGAACAGGAGUGCCAACUAUCAACUAUCGUAACCGUGUUGUUCACUAGGUCGGAGAAGACAUGGCUGGCGGAGAAGAGAAUGCUCAGAGUGCGAGGAGAGUGCUGAGGAUAAGUCAGCUGGACGCGCUGGAGCUGAAUAAGGCCCUGGAGCAGCUCGUGUGGUCCCAGUUUACGCAGUGCUUUCAUGGAUUUAAGCCAGGACUGUUAGCUCGCUUUGAGCCAGAAGUGAAAGCAUCUCUGUGGCUUUUCCUAUGGAGGUUCACCGUCUACUCCAAAAAUGCCACUGUGGGGCAGUCAGUUUUAAAUAUUCAGUACAAAAAUGAUUCUUCCCCCAACCUGAAAUACCAACCACCAAGUAAAAAUCAGAAACUGUGGUAUGCUGUGUGCACCAUUGGUGGGAGGUGGUUAGAAGAACGAUGUUAUGAUUUGUUUCGGAACCGUCAUUUAGCAUCUUUCGGGAAAGUCAAACAGUGCAUGAACUUUGUGGUUGGAUUUUUAAAAUUAGGUGAGUUGAUGAACUUCUUGAUUUUUCUCCAAAAUGGAAAGUUUGCAACUUUGACAGAACGCCUCCUUGGCAUUCAUUCCGUAUUUUGCAAACCCCAGGACAUGCGCAAAGUUGGCUUUGAGUACAUGAAUAGGGAACUUCUCUGGCAUGGCUUUGCCGAGUUUCUGAUUUUUCUCUUACCACUCAUCAAUGUCCAGAAGUUGAAAGCCAAACUGUCUUCCUGGUGUGUCCCCCUUACUGCAGCUGCUGGUAGUGACAGUACACUAGGCAGCAGUGGAAAAGAGUGUGCUCUGUGUGGAGAGUGGCCCACAAUGCCUCACACUAUUGGAUGUGAGCAUGUAUUUUGUUACUACUGUGUUAAGAGUAGCUUCCUAUUUGACAUGUACUUUACGUGCCCUAAGUGUGGCACAGAAGUGCACAGUGUGCAGCCACUGAAAUCAGGAAUUGAAAUGUCAGAAGUGAAUGCUCUUUAGAAACCAAGUUGCUUCCUCUGAGGAAAGUCAAUUGUAUCCAUUUCCUUGGAAUUAGUCAUCCUCAGUGCCAUCUGUAGGUGGCUUUUAACAGGAGUGUGCUGUACAGCCACUUUCUUUCCAAGCACAACUCAGUUCUAAUCACUGGAAACCAAAUGAUACUAGAGAAUCUUAUAAAUGGUCAUGUAAUUUUUUAGAUCACCUACUACAAUUUUUAAUGUCAAGAAUAUUGGAAAUUUUUUGUCAGAUGAAUACUAAGAAUGACUAAGAAUGCUUCUUCGUAGAAAAAGGUCAGACUCUAAAAAUAAAAGAUUUUUGAGACUCUGG